AUGCAGCGGGAGUCAAACGCCCUCUCCGAGAACAGGAUGGACGUUGCACGGCCGGGCCGCCUGUGCGCCUCUGCCGCCUGCCCCCGUCCACAGGGCCGAGGCCUGGAGAUGCUCCACAGGGCUUCCAACAUCACGGGGCAGACAGGGCCCCCGAGAGGCUCCGCGUUCCCGAGCUGCCGGCGCCGCCCUGGCUCAGAGGCUAGAGCCUCGCUAGUGUCACCCAGGGAGCCGCCAGAAGCUCCUGCCGCCACGGCGGUCAGCAGACAAGGGGGGCAUGAACUGCGGAGACCAGAGCCGCCGGUCCAGGGUGGUGUCAGGGCCGCCGUGAGCACCGGGGGACCCUCGGAUCGGAGCUGCGGGGACAGGACCCUGGGCGAUGACCCCCCAGACCCGGAGGCCGCAGAGGAACUGGGGCAGGGGAGUUGCCCACCCCCACCCCGGCCCCUGGGGGCCCUGUCCACCGUCGGCCUCCUGUGGCCUGGCUGGGGCCGGCAGUUCUGUCUUUUCUCCAAAUGCCCCGUCCUCGUCUGGGUGGCAGGGGCUGGAGUCAGGGCCCAGGCGGGCGUGAGCAGGGGCUGGGGGAAGUGCGUGGCCAGCAGCAGAGACAGUGACGGGCGGGGUGACUCAGAGGCUGAACCGCAGCCCAGAGGGAAGGCUGCCCAGGGCUCGGCUCUGGGCCCUGCUGCCAAGUUUGGGCGUCACCAGCGCCUCCCUCGGGGGCUCAGCGGGGUGGCAGUGGGGCAGCCUGGGCUUGUUGCCAGCUCCCGAGGUGGGCUCAGGGGCCAGACAGCACCCUGGAGCCUCCGCCCCCUGGUCACUGGUCCGUCCGGGGGAGCCCAUAGGCCCAGUCAGGACACAGACUCUCUGGGGAGGUUUGAUGGAGCGACAGGGAGAGACCUGCCAACCACACGGUCAUGGGGCGUCGGAGGCUUCCGGGAUCCACCUGAGAGCAAGGCCCGCAGGUGGGAGAGCAGGUCUGAGGACCAGAGCAGGCGCAAGGGCAGAGCCAGGACUCAGCUGCACCCAAGGCCAAAGCCAGCUCUGUCGUGCCUCCCCCUUCUCCUCGUCAGUGACUUCUGUUCUGAGACCAGGCUGAGAGAGAGGCAGACAGACCCGUCAGGGCCAGACCCGGACAGGGAACCUCAAAAGGACGGAGCCAGACAGGCCGAGGUGGGGAGCGGAUCCACUGGGAGCCCCGAGGCUGCUCUGUGA